UUUGUAAGUGUUAAAAUUAGGAGAUUCGAAGGGAAACCGGUUGAGCGCGACCCGACAGAUGGCUCCCGACGGUGCAUAAGCAGGACGCGAGCCUGGGACAAAAAAAGAACCACCGUACACAAACCUGUGUGGACGGAGAAUCCCCUAAUUUGCAUGUGUACAUAAAAUGGCUGACGAUUCUACCAUUAUCAAUAAUAUGAAUACAAAAAAUGGAAAUUUCAUUUGCGGAGUUGUCGAAGGGUUUUAUGGUAGGCCAUGGACAUCAGAACAAAGGAAGGACCUUUUUCAGAAGUUGAAAAAAUGGGGAAUGAACUCUUAUAUUUAUGCGCCGAAGGACGAUUCAAAGCACCGAGCCAACUGGAGGGAUCUUUACACCGUCGAGGAAGCGGAACAUUUGACGAGCCUUAUAUCUACAGCGAAUGAAAAUGGGAUAAUGUUCUACUACGCCCUCUCGCCUGGCCUCGACAUCACUUAUUCCAAUACCAAGGAGGUCCAGUCUUUGAAGCGCAAACUGGAACAGGUGUCACAGUUUGGCUGCGUCGCUUUUGCCCUUCUCUUUGACGACAUCGAUCCGGAGAUGUCUGAAGCUGAUAAAGAAGUCUUCCAAUCAUUUGCACAUGCUCAGGUUUCAGUUACUAAUGAUGUUUAUCAUCACUUAAAUCAACCCAAGUUUAUCGUAUGCCCGACUCAGUAUUGUGCAGCUAGAGCAGUUCCGAACGUACAAAAUUCUGAAUAUCUCACUACGUUGGGGAUGAAGCUCGCUCCUGAGAUAGACAUUAUGUGGACUGGUGGAAAAGUGAUCUCAAGAGUUCUCUCUGUUGAGUCGAUCGAAGAAGUGACAGAGGUGAUGAAACGGCCUCCGGUUAUUUGGGACAACCUUCAUGCCAACGACUACGAUCAAAAACGUGUUUUCCUAGGCCCGUAUCAAGGCAGGUCGCCCGACCUUAUACCCAAGCUCAGGGGAGUCGUGACGAACCCAAACUGUGAGUUUUGGGCCAACUUUGUAGCAAUUCAUACAUUGGCGCAGUGGUCUAGGUGCAACAUCGACGGUGACCGGGAUAGAAAUGAGAGUGUAUGUUCUGAUAUAAAAUUAGAGACUGAGGCAGACGAUGGCAGCGAAGUGCCAACCCGACUUCCCGUAAACAUGUACCACGCCCGUCGUGCACUAAGAAACGCCAUAAUCGAUUGGUUACCCGAAUUCCAUAGAAAUAGACAGGCUUCGGGUUUUAUUACAAAGCCUCAAGUUCUUAGUUCCUUAGCAGUGCCAUCAACAGUCUUGUCGACUGUCUCGACACCCGCUGUUGUAAACACUUGUAUAGUCUUGACUGGUACAUCAACCGUCACUUCUAUUUCUAAGUCAACCAUUAAUCUCUCCACACUUAAAGAAGUCUGCACGACGGUAAAUGGCAAUACUGGGCCAAUAGUUAUGAACUCGUUACUGUCUGAAACUAAAGUUUGCACCGAGCCGAUGGACUGUAAUGCGACUCCACCACCAGAACCAUCCAAAGUGUCUCCUACUCUCUGUGAAACUGAAGAAACGAAUGAAGAAGAAGGCCACCAGCCUUCAGUAGACGACAUGGAUUCAAACAGCACAAACAAAAUGUUGGUGGAUUCCACUUCACCUGAGCCAAUGACAGAAGUUGCCGAUUGGAACCACCAGCAGUUGAAUUUGGAGGACAUCUCCCUCCUCUGUGAUCUUUUCUACUUGCCUUUUGAACACGGUACUCAAGGUAUUCAACUUUUACAGGAAUUUCACUGGCUUCACACCAAUGCCCAUAUUAUUGCUAGUACUCAUACAAGACCUGAGGUGGAUGAGUGGCACGAAAGGGCAAAAAAACUACAAGAUAUGAGUACAAAUGUAAACAAAUUGUUUCAAAAGCUCAACGGUAUUAGCAAUAAAGAGUUAAUGUACGAAUUGUAUCCUUACAUUUGGGAGAUGCGGGCGGUUAUAUCGACGUUGAAUUCUUACAUAAAGUGGCUCGGAGGCGGGAAAAUCGGCCAGAUCACGGACAACCCAGCGAUAGGAAACUAUACUUGGUUUUCAAAAGGUUGGAAAGAGAGUUUCAUGAGCGGUGAGCAAGAGCCUUGGGUUUUCAGAGGAGGACUUACUGCAGACCUACAAAGACUGAUCCCGGUUGAUGGUGGCUCUGAUUUAUUCGUUUACAAAGUGCCUCAAGUUGUAAGUAACACGAUAUACACCAUCAGAGAAUUUGAAGAAACAAAAGAUGAGGAAAACGUAUUAAGCCUCAAUCGUAUCUUCAACAGGGAAAACUCAUCAGACACUAACGAAAGACUUUUAGAAUGUAUGCUGAGACUGAAACCUGAAGUAAAUUUUGUAGUAGAGGAAGAAAGGGAGGACGAGGUAAAAUUGAUAGGCUACGCCCUUGCAUUUAUCAACAGCAGACCGCGCAUAACUGAAGCUGAAAAUCCAGAUCCUCUACUCAUGUCAGCUUUAGGAGGAGCUCGACCUCAGCACCCUUCAUUAAUGACUUGUGCAAUCCAUCCAUCUGUAUCGGACCAAAGCGUUAGCAAACGUCUUAUAGUUUGCCUCUUGGCCGCCCUUAGGGCAAAUGGUUCGUGCGGCUGUUAUACCCCUGUCAACCCACAAAAUCCAGCCCUUUUCGAAUUCUACAAUAAAUUAGGCUUUAUAGAGAUGUCUCGCGAUGAAGAUUCAUCAACCGUCUUCUUGAGUCGAGUCUUUUAACAGACUCGUUCUUCAGCAUCAGAACAAGAGAGUAAAUGGGUUAAAAUUAAAAACCUCUUUAUCAUGUAUUAUUUUUAGAAUUUCAUUUUCUUAGCAGGACGGUUUGAUCAGGUCGAGGCUCAAAAAAUGUCUCUAUUACAUUUGCAAAAUUUUAUUUUUGAAUUGCUAAUUGGACCUAUUUUAUAGAGUUAUUUUAAGAAAUUCAACCUAUAGAUGUAAUAUAAUUAUAUCAAUUUUGGAAGAGAAUUUGGAUUAUAAUGUAUUAAUGUCUUAAGUACUUACUGUGAUUGUACAUGAUUUUAUUAACUGCCUGUCUAUUUUGGAAUGUUUUAAUGAAUUAAUAAAGACGAAUUAUCAUUCCAAUAUCAAUUAGUACAAUUAUUGCUAUUACAAGUAUUAAUGAGCUGUCACCAUUUUGUCUUCCUGAUUUUCAAAUUUUCUAUGCUUCCUUUAUUGUGUUUUAGGUGUAAUUAAUACUAGACUGUUAAGAACGGAAAAUAUUCAUGGUCAAUAAUGUUCUAAUAAAGGCCAUUUUUUUAAAUUUGGUUUUUGUCCGCAUUUUAAAUUGUGCUAGUGACUGUGAUGUUUUGGAAAGAGAGACAUUAUUUGAAUAGAACUGAUCCACCCGUUUUCCUUCUCACCUGCGUUUCCUUGAGGUUACGACUGAUCACAGUUUUACAAUUUAGUCUGUAAGGUCAUAAAACAUGUAUUGUAUAGCAAUAAAAUCUAGAUGCUGACGAUGCACAAAAACCAGUCUCCAUAUCUGAAAAUUGUAACAAGUAUCAUUGCUCAAAAAACAAAAUUAACAGUUUGUCAAUUCAAAUUUAAUUGGCCGGCAUUUUUUUUUGGCUUGAUUGUAUUUUCAGUCAUGGAAUUUUUCCAACGGGGCCAAUCAUUAAGAAAUUUUGGAUGACAUCGAUGAAAUUUUAAAAAUGUAAAAUUUUCUCAAAAGUAUAAAAGUAUCUACCCCUGUAAGAGAAUCUCAGUUUUUCUUCUAUGAUCUAGUCAAUUCGAUUUUUUUGUUUUGGGCCUUUGUCUUGACAUAAAUUGAUUGUUUUUUACUGGGAUUUCAAUUGAGAAGGAAAUUUGCAAUAUUAGUUAUAAUCGUUUCCUUUUAAUUUUUAAAUAGCUCUACAAUAAUUGUAAUAAA